AUGGAUUUUGAGCCUCCAUUUCAAGGAACCUGCAAGACCCUCUUGCAAAAUCCCACCCAUUAUCAUGAUAAGCUUUCUGAUGUUGACGAAUGUGAGCUGCCUGUGAUCGAUCUUAACAAUCUAAAUUUUGGGCAUACAGAGAGAGAAAAGAUUGUGAGUGAAGUGGCUCAAGCUGCAAGCCAAUGGGGUUUCUUUCAAGUUGUGAAUCAUGGGGUUUCACAGGAAGUUGUAAACAACAUGCAAUAUGAGCAAAAGAGGCUAUUUCGUCAGCCUUUUCCGAAAAAAGUUGAAAAUAAUCUUUUGAAUUUAUCUGCCAAUAGUUACCGUUGGGGUAACCCAGAAGCUACUUGUUUGAAGCAGUUCUCAUGGUCAGAAGCCUUUCAUAUAUCUACCACAGAAAUUCCAACAAUGAGGACUGAGCACAAGAGCCUUAGGUCAACAAUUGAAGCAUUCGUGAAGACUUUGUCUGGUUUGGCUAGAAGCAUAGCUGAAAUUCUGGCACAGCCUUUGGGAAUCAAACCCGUUUAUUUCGAAGAGAACUGUCCGGCGAGAACAAGUUAUCUUCGAUUAAAUCGAUAUGCUCCAUGUCCAUUUUCUUCCCAAGUGUAUGGCCUCAUCUCUCACACUGAUACUGAUUUCCUAACCAUAGUGUACCAGGACCAAGUUGGAGGUCUCGAAAUAUAUAAAGAUGGAAGAUGGUUGGGUGUUAAACCUAAUCCUGAAGCCCUGAUUGUCAACAUUGGGGACUUCUUUGAGGCCUUGAGCAAUGGCAUUUACAAAAGCAUCAAGCACCGAGUGGUUACCAGCCAAAAAGUUGAGAGGUUUUCUGUGGCCUACUUCUACUGUCCUUCCUACGAUGUGGUCAUCAAGAGCUGUGGUAAGCCAGCACUUUAUAGGCAGUUCACGUUGAGGGAAUAUAAACAGCAAACUCAAAUUGACGUUCAGGAAAUUGGUGAGAAAGUAGGGCUCUCAAGAUUUCUCCUUUGAAAAAGAUGUUUAAAAAAUGCAGGAAAAUGCAUGUGUACUUGAAAUGUAAAACUAGACAAUUAUAAUUAUGUGUUGGCUGGCGU